AUGUCCAAAAGACUGAACAAGCGACAGCAAAGGGAGCUGGAAGAGCUAGAAGCUCUCAAAGCAGCUACACCGAAGGAAUUACCAGUUGAAGAGGACAGUGGAGAGGAAGAAGAACAGGAAAACCAAGCUAGUGGAGGAGGACCAUUCAAUGCUUUUGCAGCUCUAGGUGGAGAUGAUGAUGAGCAGGAAGAGGAAGAGGCAGAGGAAGAUGAUACGCCCUCCGCACCAGUGAAAAAGAGUAAGAAGAAGAAAAGCAAGAAGAAGAAGCCUGUCUCAGCGACAAUAGAGGACGAAGCGAGUGCCCCAGCUACCCCCGGUACACCAAGCACACCGGCCAAGGGAGGGAAGAAGAAGAAGAAAGUUGAUCCGUACGCUGGAAUGGAUGAGGUUGAUAGGGCUUUGGCAGAGUUGAAAGUACAGUAUGGGGAAGAGACCUCACAGGCUGGACCGUCUCGUGCAGCUGAGAGCAACGGGGAGGCCAAAUCAGCGAUGGCGUUCAGAAACCUGUUAUCGGUCGAUCCCAAAAAUCUUGAUGCGGAUGCAGAAUUACGGCGGUUCUUCGGCUCCAAAGUGAUCGCAUCAUCAGCGACAUCCGGACCCAAUCGCCAUCGACCCGGACCCUCUGCAAAAUUACGAUAUACAAUAUCAAAACCCAAACCUACUUAUCCACCUGCAACAUCGCUGGCGGGCUUGGUCAUGCGUGAAAUGAUCGAUAAUGAGGUUGAAGAGCUAUAUGAGAGGAGAGGGAAGGAAAGGAUAGAUAAAGGUGAAAAGUGGUUUACCUUUGAACAUACUGGACCAUGGAGGGAGAUUGAAAGGCAGUUUAUGGGUGCUGUCAGGUCUCAUGAUCCAAAUGAGUUGAUGGCUCUUUUGCAAGUGUAUCCUUGGCAUGUAGAUACGCUGCUACAGAUGAGUGAAGUGUACAGGUUGCAAUCAGAUAUCGGCGCCGCUUCCGACUUUGCUGAACGAGCCCUAUACGCUUUCGAUCGAUGUCUCAUGCCUUCUUUCAGUGUCUCUUCGGGUGCUUCGAGGUUAGAUUUCGAUAGAGUAGAAAAUAGACCGAUGUUUACUGCUUUGCAUCGGAUCAUAUCAUACCUAGGGCGUCGAGGAUGUUGGGUUACAGCAUUCAAUUUCGCUAAGCUGUUAUAUGCUCUGGAUCCAGAGGGCGAUCCUCACGGUGCUGUCUUCUGGCUUGAUUUCUUAGCUGUCAAGUCGAACAAUGGAUCAUGGUUGUUAUCGAUGUUGGAGCAAGGGGAUACAUCUCCUGCUGCUGCUAGCUGGUAUGCAUAUCCUGGUAUGGCUUAUGCCAAGGCUCUAGCGCUACGGCAGGUGGAAGAAAGUAAGAAGAGCAAGGAUCACACCAAGAGCGAUGAAGCUCUGCAGGAAGCCAUCACGGACUUCCCUCAAGUAGUGACGUUACUAGCGGAUAAGGUCGGUGCUAGUCUGCCGGAAGGAGCGAGAAGCAAUCCUCUCUUGCAAGUGGAAGCUGGAUUCAAAGAAACGCCUUCCAACGUCAUACACCUUCUCUCACACAUAUAUGUCUCUCGUUCCGAAGCAUUGUGGAAAGACGAAAAGCGUAUCGCCUGGUUCUCCAAACAGGUCGCUCUGGCCGUACCCAAACUUAACGACCCAUCUGCUAAAGAAGCUCGAGAUGAUGCUUUGGCACUGAUACAAUCACCUCGAGAUCCAUUGGACGAAGGUCUACCCGUACCAUUGUACAUCUGUCGACAUGUCCUAUGUUCCGAAUCUACCUCGUAUGUUGGGUUCUUACCGCCGGUAGUUACUUCAAGACCGUUCAACUCGUUUGAUCCCCUCCCUCCUACUACCGCUACGUCAAUAUAUGACGAUGCGUAUUUUUCGGGAUUGCGAUCGACAAACAAUGGACGAGCUAUCGGAGGAGGUGGAAUCAUGAUGGAUUUGGUGAAUAGGGUGUUUGAUAUCGCUACCAACAAUCCAGAGAAUUAUAGACAACAGGUAGAAGAUGCCUGGAGAGGGCUUGUUGGGAGACGGGAAAUGCAGAAUGCGCCGAGAGAUCAGUUGGACAAUGUCUUACAGGCUUUGCUACAGAUGGCUGGAGAUGUAGUCAAUCGUGGAGGAGGUGGUGGUGAGGUUGAGGGACAAGGUGGCAAUGGUGAUCAGAUGCCAGGUGGAUUCCCACAGUAG